AUGCAUAAAAAUAAUCUAUCUAUCUAUCUAUCUAUCUAUCUAUCUAUCUAUGUUUAUUCAUAUCUAUCUAUUUCUGUUUAUUUCUAUCUAUCUUCGACCUUUGUUUCUUUGUUUGUUUGUUUCUUUCUUUCUUUAUUUCUUUCUUUCUUUCUUUCUGUAUUUCUUUCUUUCUUUCUAUCUUUCUUUCUUUCUCCUUUAUUUCUUUUCACUUCCUUUCUUUCUUUCAUGUUUUCUUUCAUUCUUUCUUUCUUUCUUCCUUUUGCUUUAGCCUUUUUUAGUCUUUCUUUCUUUCUUUCUUUUAGUUUGGCUGUUGUUUCUUUUCACUUUCUUUCCUUUUCUUUCUCUUACGUGAUUGAAAUCUAUCUAUCUAUCUAUCUAUCUAUCUAUCUAUCUAUCUAUCUCACUAGCAAGCUAAGUCCGUUCAUAAUCUAUCUAUCUAUCUAUCUAUCUAUCUAUCUAUCUAUCUAUCUAUCUAUCUAUCUAUCUAUCUCAGUCUGUUCAUAUCCGCAUCUAUCUAUCUAUCUAUCUAUCUAUCUAUCUAUCUAUCUCACUAGCAAGCUAAGUCCGUUCAUAAUCUAUCUAUCUAUCUAUCUAUCUCAGUCUGUUCAUAUCUAUCUAUCUAUCUAUCUAUCUAUCUAUCUAUCUAUCUAUCUAUCUAUCUAUCUCACUAGCAAGCUAAGUCCGUUCAUAAUCUAUCUAUCUAUCUAUCUAUCUAUCUAUCUAUCUAUCUAUCUAUCUAUCUAUCUCACUAAGUCCGUUCAUAAUCUAUCUAUCAUCUAUUCAUCUAUCAUUCUAUCUAUCUAUCUAUCUAUCUAUCUCAGUCUGUUCAUAUAUAUCUAUCUAUGUAUCUAUCUAUCUAUGUAUCUAUCUAUCUAUCUAUCUAGCUAG